GUAAACAAACACCAGCGCGUGACCUGCUUGAAAGCAGCUUCACCCACUCAGAAAAGUUGUGUCUUUACCUUCCGUAAAUUUCCCCACCUACACCGCUCAGCGUUCCUUCUGCCCCAAUCCUCCAGCGUGAGACUGGGGCGGGAGGUUUUUGGAAAAAUCUUGUUUAGAUAAUGUUUAUUUUGGGGGCUGGGACAUGUUAACAUCAUUUUUAAGGCUUAAAGCAUUUGAUUGCGGGAGUAACCCUGCAAGAUACAGUACGUUUAACAAGGUUUAGAAGAAUUUCAAUUUUCUAAAAGGUUCAAUAGUGAAAAGUAAAUUUCCCUUCCACCUUGUCCACAGUUCUCCCCUUGGUCCGUUUCUCGCGUGUUUUCAGACGUUUAUGUACAUUGGUGACUGCGUGUGCAUCUCCCCUUCUAGAAAACGCGCUGUGCUGCCUUUCCUUUUAUUCACGAUAAUAUCUACAUUGCUGUGAGAUCUGCCUGGCUCGUAAGCCAGUGCAGCGUGGUCCCCUAGGAACUGUCCCCAUUUCUCAGAUGAGGGUGCCUGGGGCCGAGCUCUGUGACUUGGUCGGGCUGGGUGGCGGAAGGCUGGGGCCUAGCACUUCCUGCAAGCGCUGACUCGUCGGCGACACGCCCGGCGUGUAAACGCGCGGCGGACGCAGCCCGGGCGGAUUACGCGCCUGGCAAUCGAGCCUGAGCCUCAGCCUCAGCUCACUCCGAGGGCGACGGCUGGCCGCGCGAUGGACCUGGCCGGGCUCCUACUGGACGAAGAAGGCACCUUCUCCCUCACCGGCUUCCAGGACUUCACGUUCCUCCCAGGACACCAGAAGCUGAGUGCUCGGAUCCGAAGGAGACUGUACUAUGGCUGGGAUUGGGACCCUGACUGCAGCCUGGAGGAGCUCUCCAGCCCUGUGGCAGACAUUGCUGUGGAACUGCUCCAGAAGGCAGCCCCCAGCCCUAUUCGCCGACUCCAGAAGAAAUAUGUAGCUCACGUGUCCCGGGAGGCAUGUAUUUCUCCUUGUGCUAUGAUGCUAGCUCUGGUGUACAUUGAACGACUUCGGCACCGAAACCCGGACUACCUGCAACAUGUGUCAUCCUCUGACUUGUUUCUGAUCUCCAUGAUGGUGGCCAGUAAGUACCUGUAUGAUGAAGGGGAAGAGGAGGAAGUCUUUAAUGACGAAUGGGGAGCUGCUGGUGGUAUGGCAGUGCCCACUCUUAAUGCCUUGGAAAGGGGCUUCCUGAGUGCCAUGGAUUGGCGUCUCUACACUGACCCUCGGGAGAUCUUUGAGGUGCUGAGCUGGCUGGAGAGUUGUGUGGCUGAGCAGCAAGGGCGGCGACGGGGCUGGUAUACCUACACAGACCUGUGUGUGCUGCUGGAACAACCGACCUGGCAGCUGGCUCUGGGCUCCCUCUGCCAGCGGCUGGUAAAGCUAUCCUGCCUGUUAGCCAUGGCAUACAUGAGCAGCAUGGCCCUUGCUGUGGCAUCAGUAGCUGUAAUACACCAGUCCUUAGGGCUAUCCUGCAGCCCACCUCCUGGCCCCCCCGACCUUGGACUGGUCUCCAAGGGCUUCUUGGAGCCCUACAUACCUUCUCCGGUGCCACAGUGCCUUCCGUCUUCUGCUAACAUCUCUACCUGCCUGGAAGAUGACAUAGGGCUUCGUUCACUCUGGGGCAGUCUUGUAGCCUCACUGACUCCCCCACCACUUCCUCCCCCAGAUCCCCCUGCCCCACCUACUCUUCUCCAUAACUGCCCCCUUUGCCAGAAGCUCCAGAGAGACCCUCCGACCUGCCGUGCCUGCCAACACACUAACCAAUCAGUGUCCGCUGAGCCCUGGUACCACACCCAUGGCCUGGCCCCAUCCUGGACCUGGAGCUCAGUGGCCCCUCCAAUCCCCCAGCCCCAGCAGUGUUCCCUUUUCAGUGUCAUGGAGCUGGCCCGAUUCAAGUCUUUCAUUUUUCCAGGCUAGGUAGGGCUCUGAUGACUGCAUUAUGAGGGUUUGGGAGUCCCUGAGAACCUGGAAGAGGAAAGUUUGAUUUAGGUCCUGGCUACCUCUCUGGGUUCUUGGGUGGUCCCUUGUCCUCCUGGAUAGGAGCAUAAAGGGGUUGUGGGGCAGAAGGACUGAAGAUCAUUCACUUUCCUGGACCUCAGAUGCUAACCAGUAGGCCAGGGAAGUGAUGGUGCCAGGAGGUAGGCCUCAGCUUGGUGACUGGGGGCAUGUCACAGAUGACAAAGAAGCCUCCAUCUCUCUGUCUUCCUAGUGUUCUAGACUUGGUUUUGAAUUUCCUAGGAUGGAAGGAUAAAGGUGGGAGAUAGAACAAAGUGAGGGGAGGAAGGAAACAUUGACAUGGGCCUGUGUGAUGUCCCUGAGGUGGGAGAGUCAGGGACUGACAGUGCCAAGGUAGAUGCUGCUGAGGGGAGGCUCACUGAAGGGUGCUGAAACUUUCCACACCUAUCCCCUGGAUGUAGUAAUGGAGCCAAGAAUUGAUGGGGCCUUCGACCUUGACCUUUUCAAGCCUUCUAGUUCCCUGUUCCAAGGCUUCCCUUUCUUCUGAUUUCUCUCUAGGUGUUCUCUUAAUAGGCUUCUCCAGCCACUGCUUUGUAUCCAGGUUUUUCACGCUUUUGUAGAACUGAGGUUUCAAUAAACAGUUUCCAUUGCAUGGCCUGGCCUUUUCCUUCUGCGGCAGCCCUUGAAGGUCUUUUGAUGUCUUCUUCCAAGCCUCCCUAAUUCCUGAUCCUGUCAUCUUGCAUUUAAUUUGAGUCCGGUUUCAGAACUUCUCUUUGAUAGGAUUGUCAGAGUCCCGUUUCAAAUUACCCUUUGUUCCUUUGCUCUAGCACCUUGGAGGCCUAAGCACUUUGACUUGGUCUGCUACAGGACACGGUGGCUGUCCCUUGCUUGGAGUUGGGGUUGGCCUUAUCUAUUACAGGUUCUGGGUGAGCACCAGCUUUGUGGAUUCCUGUGAGGCCAAGCUAUGUAUCCAGCAGAAUCCUCUGAGCUUGAAAGCAAGCCUGAAGACCCAUUCCUCUAUGUCGAUCUCUUUACCUGGAG